AUGGUAGCAUUAGCUUCGAGGAAAAUGGAUGUUGAUACGGAUUGCCAUCUUUGUAAGCAACAGCCGGAGACUCUAUGCCAUUUAUUUGUUGAGUGUACACAGGUUCAACCUCUGUGGGACUAUGUGCCUCAUCUGCAGUUAGUGACUGAUGAAGGUUUUGUUUCUUGGUUCUCCAGAUUGCUAGAAGUGCCUGAUGUUAACAUUCUGAAGAAGUGUGCGGCAGUGUGCUGGACAAUUUGGAAGCACUGUAAUGCUUUGGUGUGGAACAGUGCGGAUUGGCAGCUCCCUACAAUUAAACAUGAAAUUGCAAACUUGAUAAUAGAGUGGGAGGAAGGACCGUCGCAUGCUAAUACCACGUUGCCAACUUCAUUUGUUCAAGAUCACCAUCUGACCGUACCUUCAGGUACAGUCUGUUUCUAUGUGGACGCGGCGAUUUUCUCAGAUUCGGGUAGUGGUUUUUUUGGUGUUUUUAUGACAAAUAGCAAUGGCGAUUAUGUAGCGGCAAAGAAUGGCUCUAGUAGAUGCUUGCGGGAUGUUUUUUUUGGCUGA